UGAAGUCUUCGAAAUCUUUGAACAUUGAGAUAUUUACUAAGGAGGAGAGAUUCUCAUCUGAUUUGUACUUACAAUACAUAAUUUCCGUCCAUUGAGGGCGCGCCAUUCCUUUAACUUUUCUACAGAUGAUUUUGGCAUAAACCCAUCAAGGUUUUAGACAAUCUGUCCAUCAAGAAGUUGAAGCUGCUUGUUCAAUUGAACGCGGACGCGUUGGAGUACGAAUUAUCUACAAGACGGACUCAUCGAAAAUAUGGCUAGAGUUAAUCGCUUUGGCUUUUUAGCCAUUGCAAUGGCUUUUCAUCUGGUUUAUAUUUAUUCAAUCUUUGAUAUUUAUUUUGUGAGUCCAAUAGUAUCUGGGAUGCGAGAAUUUGGAGUAGAGAGGCCAGAUGGAGUGGAAGCUCCAGCAAAGCGUUUGGUGCUUUUCGUUGGUAUGUUUGUUCUACCAAUUUUUAUAUUUCCUUUUGUCAAUGCAAUGGACUGAUAUUCUGCGUCUGCAGGUGAUGGUCUACGAGCAGAUAAAGCCUUUCAAUCAUUUCCAGAACCAUAUCCAAAAUCGCAAGAAGAUCUCAUCCCACGGCCUCUUGCGCCAUUCCUUCGUUCGCGGGUUCUGGGGCACGGCACUUUCGGUGUUUCUCAUACUCGAGUCCCUACAGAGUCUCGCCCGGGACAUGUUGCGCUCAUUGCGGGUAUGUACGAAGAUGUGUCGGCAGUUGCUACUGGAUGGAAACUCAAUCCCGUAAACUUCGACAGUGUUUUCAAUAGGAGUAGGCAUACUUGGUCAUGGGGGAGUCCAGAUAUCUUGCCCAUGUUUCAAUUGGGCGCUGUGCCAGGUCGUGUCGAUGCAUACACAUAUUCCGCUGAGGAAGAGGACUUUUCGAAGGCAGCUUUACAUUUGGAUAUCUGGGUAUUCGACAGAGUUAAGGCUCUUUUUGCAGAAGCUGCUAAGAACGCUACUUUGAAUGCCGCAUUGAGACAAGAUAAGAAUGUGUUCUUUCUACAUCUUCUUGGCCUGGAUACUACAGGCCAUGGUUAUCGGCCAUACUCGAAAGAAUAUCUAUACAACCUCAAAGUUGUGGACGAAGGCAUCAAGGAAGUGACAAAGGUUAUCGAAAAUUUCUACAACGAUGAUAAAACUGCUUUUGUUUUCACAGCUGAUCAUGGAAUGAGUGAUUGGGGAAGUCAUGGUGAUGGACACCCGGACAACACACGCACUCCACUCAUUGCUUGGGGAUCUGGAGUUGCGAAGCCAAUCGUACAGGCCCAUGGAAUCGCACCAGGCCACGAUGAGCUAUCCUCAGACUGGGGAAUGGAUCACAUCCAUCGACAUGAUGUUUCACAAGCAGAUGUCGCAGCUCUCAUGGCAUAUUUGGCUGGAGUCAACUUUCCGGUCAAUUCAGUUGGAGAACUACCCUUGCCCUACCUUGCAGCGGGUAUUCGCGAAAAAGCUGAAGCUUUUCUUGCUAAUGCUAGAGGUAUUCUUGAUAUGUAUCGAAUCAAAGAGGAGCACAAGAAAGCUACAGAGUUGAGGUAUCGACCGUUUGAGGGUCUCGGAGACGAUAACCACACGGCUGAGCAUCGAUUGGCUGAUAUCAGAAAUUUGAUCAAUCGAGGUCAACAUGAAGAAGCAAUUCGAGAGACUGCAGAACUUGUGAGACUUGGCUUGGCAGGUCUGCGAUAUCUUCAAACAUAUGAUUGGCUUUUCCUGAGAGCCUUGAUUACAAUUGGAUAUCUUGGCUGGAUCAUGUUUGCCCUCACCACCGUCAUUGAUCUUCAUGUUCUUCAUGGAAAUACUAAGACCUCCAGAACUUUGGCUGCUAGUCUGUUUUUUUCUUCAAUUCUUGUUGCCCUUUUUGCUUCUUUUAUUGUAUCAGAAUCGCCCUUAACAUAUUAUGCUUAUGCCGUCUUCCCGGUAGCAUUCUGGGAAGAAGUGUAUGCUCGCCGAAAUGCUCUCACAGAAGGCGGGAAAGCACUAUUUGGUCAUAUAAAAUCACCAUUUGCUUUUAUUGGAACAAUUAUCAAGACUUUAAUUUUCUUAGGUCUCAUCGAAUGUCUUGUAAGUCAAUGUAUCGAUUCUACGAUUUAUUGUUACUUAUACAAGAAUUAGGCAUGGGGCUACACAUAUAGAGAAAUCUUCUCCGUUUUAUUCAUCUUGGCAACUUUUUGGCCGGCAUUCUACGGGCUGGGAUUUUUGAAGAACAACAAGGCACUAACUCUAACGUGGAUUGUGUCCUGUGUCGGAAUGAGCUCUUUCACAUUACUCCCGGCAAUGAAAGUCGAGGAUAUAGAUCUUAUGUAAGUUGCCACUAUCACAAGUAGUAGGAUUCUAGUUAACCUCGGGCAUAGUCUGUACGGUGGUGGGUUGAUGGUAGCAGUCGGUGUAUUGUAUCUUGCUUUCGAAAGAAAGCUGCUGGCAAAAUCUAUGAUGGCAGGUGAUUCCAUCGCGCCAGCCGAUAAUCUUCUAUCCCGCUCCCUCAUUGGAGUGCAGGUGAGAAUGAUACUACCCAUUAUUCUAAAUCACGAAUCCUGACAUCUAAUUAGAUUGGACUGGUUGUCCUAUCCAUGAUUGUUACGAGAUCUACAGCGAUGUCCUUACAGGCCAGAAUGGGACUUCCUCGAGGCAAUCAAAUAAUUGGUUGGUGCUUGAUUGGUAAGUUCAUGAAUACCUGAAGAUCUGGAGAAAGCUAACAUGAAUAAAGUGGCGUCUUUGAUAAUGCCCUUUUUGCAUCGCCUACAGCCUAAUAACCAUUAUCUCCACAGAUUAAUGAUCAUAUUUUUGACAUUUGCGCCACUGUUUGUUAUUCUCACAAUAUCAUACGAAGGCUUAUUCUACUUUGCAUUUUCUUCCGCCCUUAUCACCUGGGUUUUGUUAGAGCACAACAUCCAUAAGCACACUAUGAGCAAAACGAUAACCAUCAAGGCGAACGAUGCCUCAGUACCAGAAAUCCCUGCUUCAUUAUCCUCCUCUCCAUUCCGCUCUCUCACAUUGACAGAUGCACGGAUAUCUCUGUUCUUUCUCAUACUUUUGCAGUCAGCAUUUUUCAGCACUGGAAACAUGGCGUCUGUCUCAUCCUUUAGUCUGGACAGUGUGAAUCGUCUGAUUCCAGUCUUUGAUCCGUUCUCUCAAGGAGCUUUGUUGAUAGUGAAGCUCAUGAUCCCAUUUGCAUUGAUCUCAGCGAACUUGGGUAUCUUGAACAAGAGACUUGGCGUUGCUCCAUCAGCGUUGUUCAUGGUAGUAAUCGCCAUCAGCGACUUUCUGACCCUGCAUUUCUUCUGGGUGGUCAAGGAUGAAGGAUCAUGGUUGGAAAUCGGAUCUACGAUCAGUCACUUCGUCAUUGCAAGCUUGCUAUGUCUGUUUGUGGCUAGUUUAGAGGGUGUCAGUGAGCUUUUCAUCGCAGGUGUAGAGGUAGAGGAUAAUUCUAGUCAGCUCGGUAAGGAACGGGAGCUUGGAGGGUUCAUCAGGGAGGAUGAAAAGUUGGGGAAUGGAAAUACCAAGGUUGCCGUCAAUGGGAAAAGUACGUGAAGGAUGGAAUGUAUAUAUGUAAUGACGCUAGAUAAAAUCACGGUCUACAAUGACGAGAAUUAUUAGGUAAUGUCUACGAAGCGCUGUGCAUGAGCAUGUUGAAUAUCACAUGAAGAAACCUACCCCAGGGACUGGCCAAAAGGUACCGAGGCUCUUAGCCCACCUUAGGAUUCAAUUAAGCUCAAACUUAGGUACGUUCAUUUAGCGGUGAAUAGAAGG